AGUCACCGGGGGCCCGGAAGAGCAGGUCACUUGGCCGCCCGCUCUGAGUUCUCAAAGAAAGGAGCACCAGGCGCCCAACUAAUACCCCAGGAGGCCUGGGCUGAGACCCGAGGGAGGCCGGGGGGAGGGUCAGUCGGCCCGCCUUUGCCCGCCCCGCCCCGCCCCGUCCUACUCCGCCCCGCUCCACUCCGGGCCCCGAGGGCUUCCCACACUAGCUGGCUAAGAUCGCUUGGCUGCUUGCUCGCCGGGGCUGGGCCAUGUGAGCCUGAGAGCCCGAGCCCGGACCCGGAGGCACAGAGAAGCCGAGCACUCGGUCCCCAGCGCACAGCGACUACUCCUCGGCUCUGCUGCUGCUCUCUCGACUGCCAGCUCCCUCGCAGACGCUACCCUCCUGCACUGACUCCUACGAUCUCUGUCUGGGCAGCCCCGGCACCUUCCUUUCCUCUCCCCCCUUCCCCGGCCGGGCCGAACGGGGAUCGGGCACCGGUUUCGGGGCCCCAGACGCGGUUUUCUAGCCUUCCCGGGGGAGGCACCCAGAAGCCAUCUUGGAAGCAACUUGGAGGCAAGUUUUGGUUGGCGCGGCCAGAGCGGCGGGGUCGGGAGGAGGCUGGUGCUCGCGCCUGGGCCCCGGCGGGCUGGGAGCGGAGCCCGGGGUCCCCGCCUCCCCGCGCCGCCGGGGCCGGCCGCAUGAGGAGCCUGGCGGGCGGCCGUGGCGGGUGCAUGGAUUGGGGCUCGCGGUCAUGGCGCCGCGGCCUCUGCCGCCGGGCCCCCAGAUGCUUCUGCGUUCCCUCCUCUUGCUCGGGGGCAGCGCCCUGCUUGUCCCGGUCCUGCUGCCCGCGGCCGAGGCUACCGCCGCGGCCGCCCGUGGCCCCUGGCUGAGGGCUCUGGCCCUGGGGCCCGCCUGGAGAUACGCGCUGAACUGGGACCGCACGGCCCCCGAGCUGCGGCCGCUGCUGAAGUUGAGCCCCGACGGGCGUCUGCGGCUGGCCGGGGGCGGACCUAGGCUGUGGGACUGUGAACUGCAGCUGCACGUGGACAUCUUCUCCCGCCGCUCUCCGACGGUGCUGACGGUAGCCCUGACUGUGGCUGCGCCGCCGGGCUGGGGCUGCUCGGGCGGGCAGCGAAGAGGCGGCUCCGCCAGGGAACCAGAGCGCAUCCCAGACCUGGCAGCCCGCACAGUCCUGGGAGCGAGCCCGGGCCCCGCCUCCUCCUCCUCCUCCUCGUCUGCCCCUCUGUGCUUCCCGGACCCCGGGGGAGGAGGGCGCGGCUCCGACGAGCUGCAGGCUGCCCUGGAGGCCCUGACCAGUUUCCCGGACUGCAGGUGCGCCCAAAGCUUCAGCGCUGGCGCUGGCGGGGAGGAUGGGAGCGGCGGAGGCUGCCACAGCCGGCCCGCCUUCCCCCUCCAGCCCAUCUGCCUGGAGCCGGGGGCCACAGCCCGCCUGCGCCUGCUGUGUGCUCCCAGGCCAGUCCGGGGCCCAGGAGCGUGGCAGCCGGGGAGGCCGCUCCUGCGAAGGGGCCCCGAGAUCCUGCUGGAGCUGACUCUGGAGACCUCAGGGACCCUCCCUUCGGGGGCCAGGAGGGCCAGGAGAGGAGCCUCCGGGAGCACCAGCCCUCAGUUCCAGCUUCCCAGCUACCAUGUGUCCGUGCCCGAGAACGAGCCGGCUGGCACUCCUGUGAUCGAACUCCGCGCCCAGGACCCCGACGAGGGCGAGGCCGGCCGUCUGACCUACCAGAUGGAGGCGCUGUUUGACGAGCGCUCCAUUGGUUUCUUCCACAUCGAUUCCGACACUGGAGCCAUCAGCAACAGCCGGCCCCUGGACCGGGAGACCAAAGAUACCCACGUCCUGAAAGUGACCGCAGUGGACCACGGAUCCCCGCAGCGCUCCGGGGCCACCUACCUCACGGUGACGGUGAGCGACACCAACGACCACAGCCCCGUCUUUGAGCAGGUCGAGUACAGGGAGACUGUCCGGGAGAACCUGGAGGUGGGGUACGAGGUGUUGACCAUCAGGGCCACGGACGGCGAUGCCCCAUCCAACGCCAACAUGCGGUACCGACUGCUGGAGGGGGCCGACGGGGCCUUCAAGAUCGAUCCCCGCACCGGGGUGGUCAGGACUCGCUCUGUGGUGGACCGAGAAGAAGUGGCCGAGUACCAACUCUUGGUGGAGGCCAACGACCAGGGCCUCAAUCCCGGGCCUCGCAGCGCCACGGCCACUGUUCGGAUCCUGGUGGAGGAUGAGAAUGACAACUACCCGCAGUUCAGCGAGAAGCGCUACGUGGUCCAGGUGCCCGAAGAUGUGGCCGUCAACACGGCCAUCCUGCGAGUCCAGGCCACCGACCAGGACCAAGGGCAGAACGCGGCCUUGCACUACAGCAUCGUCAGCGGCAACCUGAAGGGCCAGUUUUAUCUGCACUCCCUGAGUGGGGGCCUGGAUGUCAUCAACCCCCUGGACUAUGAGGCGAUCCGGGAGUACACCCUGCGCAUCAAGGCCCAGGAUGGGGGCCGGCCGCCUCUCAUCAACUCCUCCGGCCUGGUCAACGUCCAGGUGCUGGACGUCAACGACAACGCGCCCAUCUUUGUGAGCAGCCCCUUCCAGGCCGCCGUGCUGGAGAACGUGCCGCUGGGCCACUCGGUUCUGCAUAUCCAGGCCAUCGACGCGGACUCCGGAGAGAACGCGCGGCUGCACUAUCGCCUGGUGGAUGUGGCUGCCGGGGCGGGCGCCGCGGCGGACCACGGCCUUCCGGCCAGGGACGGUUUCCCCUUCCAGAUCCACAACAGCUCGGGCUGGAUCACGGUGUGCGCCGAGCUGGAUCGCGAGGAGGCGGAGCACUACAGCUUCGGGGUGGAGGCCGUGGACCACGGCUCCCCGGCCAUGAGCUCCUCGGCCAGCGUGGCCAUCACGGUGCUGGACGUGAACGACAACGACCCCGCCUUCACCCAGCCCGUGUACGAGCUCCGCCUGAACGAGGACGCGGCCGUGGGCAGCAGCGUCCUGACCCUGCGGGCCCGGGACCGGGACGCCAACAGCGUCAUCACCUACCAGCUGAGCAGCGGCAACACGCGCAACCGCUUCGCCCUGAGCAGCCAGAGCGGCGGAGGCCUCAUCACCCUGGCGCUGCCCCUGGACUACAAGCAGGAGAGGCAGUACGUGCUGGGCGUGACGGCCUCGGACGGCACGCGCUCGCACACGGCCCAGGUCUUCAUCAACGUCACCGACGCCAACACGCACCGGCCCGUGUUCCAGAGCUCCCACUACACGGUGAGCGUCCGCGAGGACAAGCCCGUGGGCAGCUCCAUCGCCACCAUCAGCGCCACGGACGAGGACACCGGCGAGAACGCCCGCAUCACCUACGUCCUCGAGGACCCGGUGCCCCAGUUCGGCAUCCACCCGGACACCGGGACCCUCGUCACCCUCAUGGAGCUGGACUACGAGGACCAGGCGGCCUACACCCUCGCCAUCACCGCCAGGGACAACGGCAUCCCCCAGAAGUCGGACACCACCUCGCUGGAGAUCCUCAUCGUGGACGCCAACGACAACGCGCCCCGCUUCCUGCGCGACCUCUACCAGGGCUCCGUCUUCGAGGACGCCCCGCCCUCCACCAGCGUCCUGCAGGUGUCCGCCACCGACCGAGACUCGGGCCCCAACGGCCGCCUCCUGUACACCUUCCAAGGGGGCGACGACGGCGACGGCGACUUCUACAUCGAGCCCACGUCGGGCGUGAUCCGCACCCAGCGCCGGCUCGAUCGGGAGAACGUGGCCGUGUACAGUCUGCGGGCCCUGGCGGUGGACAGGGGCAGCCCGGCCCCGCUCAGCGCGUCCGUGGACGUCCAGGUGACCGUGCUGGAUAUCAACGACAACCCGCCGGUGUUCGAGCAGGACGAGCUGGAGCUGUUCGUGGAGGAGAACAGCCCGGUGGGCUCCGUGGUGGCCCGGAUCCGCGCCGCCGACCCCGACGAGGGCCCCAACGCCCAGAUCAUGUACCAGAUCGUGGAGGGCAACGUGCCCGAGGUCUUCCAGCUGGACCUGCUGAGCGGGGACCUGCGGGCCCUGGCGGAGCUGGACUUCGAGCGCCGGCGGGACUACGUGCUGGUGGUGCAGGCCACGUCGGCGCCCCUCGUGAGCCGGGCCACGGUGCACGUCCGCCUGCUGGACCAGAACGACAACCCCCCCGUGCUCCCCGACUUCCAGGUCCUCUUCAACAACUACGUGAGCAACAAGUCCAACAGCUUCCCCGCCGGCGUCAUCGGCCGCAUCCCGGCCCACGACCCCGACCUCUCGGACGGCCUCAACUACACCUUCCUGCGGGGCAACGAGCUGAACCUCCUCCUGCUCAACCCCGACACCGGCGAGCUGCAGCUCAGCCGAGACCUGGACAACAACCGGCCCCUGGAGGCCCUCAUGGAGGUGUCUGUGUCAGACGGCAUCCACCACGUCACUGCCCUCUGCACCCUCCGGGUGACCAUCAUCACGGACGACAUGUUGACCAACAGCAUCACGGUCCGCCUGGAGAACAUGUCACAGGAGAAGUUCUUGUCUCCGCUGCUCUCCCUCUUCGUGGAGGGCGUCGCAGCCGUGCUGUCCACCACCACGGACGGAAUCUUCGUUUUCAACAUUCAGAACGACACCGACGUCAGCUCCAACAUCCUCAACGUGACCUUCUCGGCGCUUCUCCCAGGGGGUGUCCGUAACAAGUUCUUCCCCUCUGAGGACCUCCAGGAGCAGAUCUACCUGAACAGGACCCUCCUGAGGCUGAUCUCCACCCAGCGCGUGCUGCCCUUCGAUGAUAACAUCUGCCUGCGCGAGCCUUGUGAGAACUACAUGAAGUGCGUGUCUGUGCUCAAGUUCGACAGCUCGGCACCCUUCAUCAGCUCCACUACGGUCUUAUUCCGGCCCAUCCACCCCAUCAGCGGGCUCCGGUGCCGCUGCCCACCAGGCUUCACCGGGGACUACUGCGAGACCGAGAUUGAUCUGUGCUACUCAAACCCUUGUGGCAGCAACGGGCUGUGCCGGAGCCGAGAGGGGGGCUACACGUGUGACUGCCACGAAGACUACACAGGAGAACACUGCGAGGUGAAUGCCCGCUCGGGCCGCUGCGCCCCCGGCGUGUGCAAGAACGGCGGCAAGUGCGUCAACCUGCUGGUGGGCGGCUUCAAGUGUGAGUGCCUGCCCGGCGAGUUUGAGAGGCCCUACUGCGCGGUGACCACGCGCAGCUUCCCGCCACAGUCCUUCGUCACCUUCAAGGGCCUCCGCCAACGCUUCCACUUCACGCUCUCGCUCACGUUCGCCACGAGGGACAGGAAUGCCCUUCUCCUCUACAAUGGCCGCUUCAACGAGAAGCACGACUUCCUGGCCCUGGAGAUCAUUGAGGAGCAGCUCCAGCUGACCUUCUCCGCAGGGGAGACCAGGACCACCGUGGCCCCCGUGGUGUGCGGCGGCGUGAGCGACGGCCAGUGGCAUUCGGUGAGGGUGCAGUACUAUAACAAGCCCCACAUUGGCAGGCUGGGAAUCCCUCACGGACCCUCUGGAGAGAAGGUGGCCGUGGUGUCCGUGGACGACUGUGACACGGCCGUGGCCGUGCGCUUUGGCGGCCUCUUGGCCAAUUACAGCUGUGCCGCGCAGGGCACCCAGACGGGCUCUAAGAAGUCCCUGGACCUGACGGGCCCCCUCCUCCUGGGAGGUGUCCCCAACCUGCCCGAGGACUUCCCCGUGCACAACAGGCAGUUUGUGGGCUGCAUGAGGAACCUGUCCAUUGACAACCAGGUCAUUGACAUGGAGAGCUUCAUCGCCAACAACGGCACCAGAGCAGGCUGUACCGCGCGCGAGAACCACUGUGACAGCGUCUGGUGUCAGAAUGGGGGCACGUGUGUGAACAAAUGGAACAUGUACAUCUGCAACUGUCCACUGCGCUAUGGGGGCAAGAACUGCGAGCAGGUCAUGCCACAUCCCCAGCGCUUCAGUGGGGAGAGCCUCGUGUUCUGGGGAGAUCUGGACAUCACCAUCUCAGUGCCCUGGUACUUGGGGCUCAUGUUCCGGACCCGGAAAGCAAGUGGGGUGCUUUUGGCAGCCAACGCCGGGACAGCCUCCAAAAUCAGCCUCCAGAUCCUGAAUAGUCACGUUUAUUUUGCCGUUUUCCACGGCUCCUCUGAGGUAGCCUCCGUGAGGCUGGGCAGGUCCCGCGUGAGUGACGGGGAAUGGCACCACCUGCUCGUUGAGCUCAAGAGCGCCAAGGAUGGCAAGGACAUCAAGUACCUGGCCGUGGUGACCCUGGACUACGGCCUGGACCAGAACACGGUGCAAAUUGGCAACCAGCUUCCCGGGCUAAAGAUGAGGAGCGUCCUGGUGGGCGGCCUCUCCGAAGACCAAGUCACGGUCCAGCAGGGCUUCUCGGGCUGCAUGCAGGGAGUGAGGAUGGGAGAGACGUCCACAAACAUCCUGACGCUGAACAUGAAGGAGGCUCUUACAGUCAGGGUGAAGGACGGCUGUGCCAUGGAUGACCCGUGCGCCUCCGGCCCGUGCCCCGAGCACAGCUACUGCACGGACACCUGGGAUGGCUACUCGUGCAUCUGCGCGCCGGGGUACUUCGGGAGAGACUGCGUGGACGUGUGCCGCCUGAACCCCUGUGAGCACGUCUCCGCUUGUGUGCGCCAACCCAGCUCCGCGCACGGCUACCUGUGCGAAUGCGGGCAGAGCUACUACGGCCAAUACUGCGAAAACAAGAUCCACCUGCCGUGCCCCAAAGGCUGGUGGGGAAGCCCCGUGUGCGGCCCCUGUCACUGCGAGGUCAGCAAAGGCUUCGACCCAGACUGCAACAAGACCAAUGGCGAGUGCCAGUGCAAGGAGAACUACUACAAGCCCCAGAACCAGGCGGCGUGCUCCCCAUGUGACUGCUUUGCCCACGGCUCGCACACCCGCACGUGCGACAUGGAGACGGGCCAGUGCGCCUGCAAGUCGGGGGUGAUCGGGCGCCAGUGUAACCGCUGCGACAACCCCUUCGCCGAGGUGACCACCCAGGGCUGUGAAGUGAUCUACAGUGGCUGUCCCCGUGCGUUUGAGGCCGGCAUCUGGUGGCCGCAGACCAAGUUUGGGCAGCCCGCGGCGGUGCCCUGCCCCAAGGGAUCUGUGGGGAACGCCAUCCGCCACUGCAGCAGCGAGAAGGGCUGGCUGCCCCCAGAACUCUUCAACUGUACCACCUCCUCCUUCGUGGGCCUCAAAGUCAUGAAUGAAAAGCUCCAUCGCAACGAGACCAGGCUGGACGGGGACAAAUCCGUACAGAUGGCCCGCGUGCUCGAGAACGCCACCAGGUCCGUGGAGCUCCUGUACGGGAACGACGUGCGCACAGCCUACCAGCUCAUGCUGCAUCUGCUGCAGCACGAGAGCCAGCAGCAAGGCUUCGACCUGGCCGCCACCAGAGACGUGGAGUUCAACGAGAACCUCGUUCGGACGGGCAGCGCCCUGCUGGACCCCAGCCACAGGGACGCGUGGGAGCAGAUCCAGCGCACGGAGGGGGGCACGGCCCACCUGCUCAGGCACUAUGAGGCGUACUUCUCCAAUCUGGUGAAGAACAUGAGGAGGACCUACAUGAAGCCCUUUGUCAUCGUCACAGCCAACAUGAUCCUGGCCGCCGACGUCUUCGACAAGGCCAACUUCUCGGGUGCCCGAGUGCCACGCUUUGAGGACAUUUACGAGGACUACCCCAAGGAGCUGGAGUCCUCCGUCCUCUUCCCUGCCCACCUGUUUCAGCCCUCCGACAGGAGAGAUGCCCCUACGGCGAAGCCCUCGCAGCCCAGAGGGACUCCCAGAGCCCCCCCAGACGGGCCCGCCCCCCACGACCCUCUGGCUAAGAGGAAGAGGCGGCACCCGGAUGAGUGGAGCCGGCACGCCGUCGGCCUGGUCCUCAUCUAUCGCUCCCUGGGCCAGCUGCUGCCCGAGCAGUAUGACCCCGACCGGAGGAGCCUGCGGCUGCCCCAUCGGCCCGUCAUCAACAGCCCCAUCGUGAGCAGCCUGCUCCACAGCGAGGGCGACGGCGCGCCGGGACAGCCCGUCCUCGUGGAGUACACCCUGCUGGAGACCGAGGACCGCACCAAGCCCGUCUGUGUCUUCUGGAACCACUCCCUGGGGAGCCUGGGCGCGGGCGGCUGGUCGGCCAAGGGCUGCGAGCUGGUCUCCAGAAACAGCAGCCACAUCACCUGUCAGUGCAGCCACGCGAGCGGCCUGGCCGUGCUCAUGGACAUCUCCAAGCGCGAGCACGGCGAGGUCCUGCCCCUCAAGAUCGCCACCUACGCCGGCGUGGCCGUCUCCCUGGCCGCCUUGCUCGCGGCCCUCGUCCUCCUGCUGGCGCUCCGCACGCUGCGGGCCAAUCUGCACAGCAUCCACAGGAACCUGAUCGCGGCCCUCUUCUCCUCCCAGCUGGUCUUUGUGACCGGGAUUGACCAGACGGAGACUCCGUUCACGUGCACAGUGAUCGCCAUCCUCCUGCACUAUUUCUACCUGAGCACGUUCGCCUGGCUCUUUGUGGAGGACCUCCACAUCUAUCGCAUGCUGACUGAGGUCAGGAACAUUGAUGCUGGACACAUGCGCUUCUACUAUGUCCUGGGCUGGGGCAUCCCAGCCAUCGUCACAGGACUCGCCGUCGGUCUGGAUCCCCAAGGCUAUGGGAACCCCGACUUCUGCUGGCUGUCCAUCCACGACACUCUCAUCUGGAGCUUUGCUGGACCCAUUGGCGUCGUGGUCAUUAUCAAUACUGUCAUCUUUGUCCUGUCUGCGAGAGUGUCCUGCCGACGGAAACACCGUGCUUAUGACAGGACCGGGAUCAUCUCUGGGCUCCGGACAGCCUUCCUCCUGCUUCUGCUGAUCAGUGCCACGUGGCUCCUGGGGCUGAUGGCCGUCAACAGCGAUGUGAUGGCUUUCCAUUACCUCUUUGCCGUAUUCAGCUGCUUACAGGGAGUUGCCAUCUUUCUCUUCCACUGUGUCUUCAACAAAGAAGUCCAGAAACACCUGAAGGCCACUCUGAUGGGGAAGAAGGCCCACCCGGACGACUCCACAACCACCAGAGCCACCCUGCUAACCCGGUCCCUGAACUGUAACAACACCUACAUCGAGGAGCCCAACAUGUACCGCACGGCGCUGGGGGAGUCCACGGCCUCGCUGGACAGCACCAUCAGGGAGGAAGGGACCAAGAAACUGAGCGUGUCCUCGGGCCAAGCAAGAGGCCGCCCAGAUUCGGAUGCCCACCUCUUCCGGAGGAGGAACAGCAAAAACCCCAGAGGCAAUGACUCGGAUUCAGACAGUGAGCUCUCUCUCGAGGAACACAGUAGCUCGUAUGCCUCAUCACACUCAUCAGACAGUGAGGAAGAUGGGGUGGAUGAAAAGAGCAAGUGGAACCCAGGCUCUUGUAAAGCAAAUGAUCGGGGGCCUAUCCACAGCACCCCCAAAGCAGAUCCUUUGUCCAAUCACAUCAAGGCCACAUGGCCCCCAGACAGCAUGACGGGCAGUGAUGGUGAAGAUGCUCGAUGUAAGCCAAAGCUCAAAGUGGAAACCAAAGUGAAUGUAGAGCUUCACCAGGAGAACCAGGAGAACCAGGACGAUGGCAGGGAUGCACCCUCAGACAAGGAGAACCCAGGGCUGCCCAGGGACAAUCAGAUGACUCCCCACACCAAUCACCAGCACCCAGAACAGAGGAAAGGCAUCUUGAAGAACAAAGUGACCUACCCACCCCCUCUGACUGAAAGGAACCUCAAGAACCGGUUCCGGGAGAAGCUGGCAGACUACAACCAGACCAUGAACUCAUCCAGGACAUCAUCCCUUGGCUCCAAUGACGGAAUUUGCCCCACAGUGGACCCAGGAGUGACCGUCAAAAACUCUCCGAGAGAACACUCUUGUGACCAGCUCAAUGGAGUGGUCAUGAACGUACGCACAGGGACUGUCCACGCAGAUGCAUCUGAUUCAGAAGGCAGUAAUGAAACUUCCAUUUGAAUCAUCAGGAAAUCGUGACACUCCCGGGGCCGGGAUUCGCCUUCCCACAGCUGCGGGGGAGCCCCAACCUCAAGAGCUGGCUGCGGGUGCAGGAGACGGUGCCUCAUCCCUCCCUGUGCCGUUGACAUUUCAUGGCAGACCGGAGACCGCUCCGGAGAUUAAGUGCCUGUUGGAAUAUCCAAUCUGUGCCAAAGUCUUUGGGAAACUCGGGGCCAUGACGCAGGUGAUGGGCUCCCCCGACCACCCGGCUUCCGGCAGCUCCAAAAGAGGAGGCAGUGGGGACUGGAGCUGGCCUUGGGACCCUGCAGGGCCAAGACCCCCAUUCCUACAGGGCCUUCCAGCAGCAGUUUUACCCAGCCUUUCAGGACCAUUUGUCUUCAAAACAACCACAAAAACAAACUUUUAUAUAGAAGAAAGUGUAGAUACUUUUAUAUAUUUUGUAUGAUGAUUCUCUAAGGAAGAAAAAAAAACCUUGUGUAUAUUUUGCAUUUGUACCAAUUUUGUUCAUGCCUGGAGAUUGCUGGGGAAAAAAACCCAAACUCAAUAUUUUUAUAUUAGAAAAAAAUGUAGCGUUGUACGUGAACUGGGCAUGGACGGCUAUCGCAGCCAAGCAUCCAUGCAGGAGGCUGAGACCUGCUCAGCAGCAAAGACUCUGCCGUGGCUGCCCCCAGGACCUCUCCUCUCAAGGGCCCUUUGGCCUUUGCCCCUCACGGCCCAGUGAGGGCUCCCGGAGAAGCGACCCCUCGGACUAGUUGAAGAUGGCACAUGGGCUCUGCCCUCAGCCAAGGCACCAAGGCUCGCCAGAAUCGGCCUGGGGUCUUUCUCGUCGGGGUCUUCUUUGGUUCUUCGAGGUUGUCCAUCCAUUUCCAGUGGAAGCGGGGAGAUGAGGUCCUCCUGGCCACAUUUUCCAGCUAUUCAGGAAAUUUAGAAAUGUGUCUCUGUCCCCCACCCCGAGAGUCUGGCCAGUCCCUUUGGUUCGUUUUAGAAGCCCGUUUGUGAGCAGGGACAAGGCCUUGGUCACCCUCAUGUUUACAGAAAUCCCAGAGCCCCAAGGGUCGAGAUCCACCUGGGGGGGCCAUCAGCCCCAGACUCCCCAGGCCAGCUGUCUGUCCAGUCUCUCCUGCAGCCUGAGGAGGCCAGAGGAUGGGGGAUGGGAUUGGGAGGGGGCUGCCCCCAUUUAACAAAUGGGAGGGAAGGAGGGAGCAGUGCUGGGUAGGCCCAGGAAGAUGGCAGCACCUCCACCAUCAGGGAAUCUGAACCCCCACCAUGGAGAUCUCCCUCAUGGAUGUGGGGGAGAAGUCCCUGCCUCUAAUAGCCAUCCUGCCCACUAACUGUGCAACGGCGGUCCCUUCCCGUGCAGGCAGACACACCUGGCAGGGCUCGGGGACGGCCGCCAUCACGGUCGAGGCCAGAGAGGUCACCCAUUCUGGGCCAGUUUUAGAAACGACAGAAAAGGCCGCCCUAUUUUGACGAUGUAACUUUCCCAGGCAGACACAACACUGGAAGCUUUGGGUUUUGAACAAAUGACUAUUUAUUAAUGCUCAGAACACUGGAAUUACAGCCUGGCUGAGGUGACAAUAAAUUAAGAGAUUUUGGAAUGUG